GCGAGGGCGGGGUGAAGGACGACGUGUGGCUGACAGUCAGAGGAAGCUCAAUUUAAAUUCCUGUUGCCCCUGCAACGCAAUUUGUCCCCCUGCGCCUGCUCCGCUUCUCUCGCGCGUGUCCAAGAUCCCUUUUUUUUCCGAGCACAGAAGCAUCAACAAACGGACUUGACUGCUUGAAAUCCUGCAAGCGGCGUGUAUUUUGUGAUUCCCGCUGAAGCGUCUGAGUUGCCUGGUACCAGCAGCAGCAGCACGAGGAGGAGGAGGAGGAGGAGGAGGAGGAAGAGGAAAAGCCUAGCGGAAAAAGAGAAUAAUGCAACAUUGUAGCGCAGAUCGCGUGUUAUUCCUGCGCCGAUAGGGUGAUUCAAAGUGCGCGGACUCCGGGAAUAGGAGCCAUUUACGAAGCGUUUGUUCUCUCCGAUGCACGCGCACUAGAAAGAAGAAGAAGAAGAGGAGGAAAGCGAGGCCGGGAUCAUCGACCUAUCAAGAGCCGAGGCGAUCCCCGAUCCUGCAGGGUGUCACCCUAAAAGCCCGAAGAACGAUGUCUUCUACGAGAUACAAGAAGGACAAGGAGAUCAUAGCGGACUAUGAGACCCAAGUGAAAGAGAUCCGUAACCAGCUGGUGGAGCAGUUCAAAUGCUUGGAGCAACAGUCCGAGUCUCGUAUCCAGCUGCUGCAGGACCUGCAGGAGUUCUUCCGCCGCAAAGCAGAGAUUGAACUGGAAUAUUCACGCAGUUUAGAGAAAUUGGCUGAGAGGUUCUCCUCCAAGAUCCGCUGCUCCAGGGAACACCAACAGUUUAAGAAAGACCAGCACCUGCUGUCCUCAGUAAAUUGUUGGUACCUGGUGCUGAACCAGACGAGGCGAGAGAGCCGUGACCACUCAACCCUCAGCGACAUCUACACCAACAAUGUCAUCUUACGCUUGGCUCAGAUCAGCGACGACAUCAUUCGCCUGUUCAAGAAGAGCAAGGACAUUGGGAUCCAGAUGCACGAGGAGCUGGUGAAGGUGACGAAUGAACUCUACACUGUGAUGAAAACAUACCACAUGUACCACAAUGAGAGCAUCAGUGCAGAGAGCAAGUUGAAGGACGCUGAGAAGCAGAAGGAGAAGCAGUUCAGCAAGUCCGGAGAUCUCAACGUCAACCUCCUGCGCCACGAGGACCGCCAACCAAGGCGCAGCUUUGUCAGGAAAAUUGAGAAGAUGAAAGAAAAAAGGCAAGCCAAGUACUCAGAAAAUAAGCUGAAAUGCACGAAAGCCCGGAAUGACUAUUUGUUGAACCUGGCAGCAACAAAUGCAGUUGUCGCAAAAUAUUACAUCCAUGACGUCUCUGAUAUGAUCGAUUGCUGUGACCUGGGCUACCAUGCAAGCUUAGCACGCACCCUCAGGACCUACUUGUCUGCCGAGUAUAACUUGGAAACAUCACGCCACGAGGGACUGGAUAUCAUAGAAAACGCGGUGGACAACCUGGAUUCACGCAGUGACAAGCACAAGAUAAUGGAUAUGCAUAACCAGGUGUUCUGCCCUCCAAUGCGCUUUGAGUACCUGCCACACAUGGGCGACGAGGUGUGCCAGGUGAGCGCCCAGCAGCCUGUCCAGACUGAACUGCUAAUGCGUUACCACCAACUGCAGUCCCGCUUAGCUACGCUAAAGAUUGAGAACGAAGAGGUGAGAAAGACCUUGGAUGCCACCAUGCAGACGCUUCAGGACAUGCUGACCGUAGAGGACUUUGACAUGUCCGAUGCCUUUCACCACAGCCGCUCCACUGAAUCUAUUAAGUCUGUGGCCUCAGAGUUGUACAUGAGCAAGCUGAAUGUAGCCAAGAGGAGGGCCAACCAACAGGAGACUGAAAUCUUUUACUUUUCGAAAUUCAAAGAGUACCUGAAUGGUAGUAACCUCAUCAUUAAGCUGCAGGCCAAGCAUGACUUACUGAAGCAAACAUUGGGCGAAGGGGAAAGGGCUGAAUGUGGAACUACAAGGCCCCCCACCCUUCCCCCUAAACCACAGAAAAUGCGGAUGCCUAGGCCACGCUCCAUGUUUAACCAUAAGCUGUUUAACGGCAAUAUGGAGACCUUCAUCGAGGAUUCAGGUCAACCAAUCCCACUAGUGGUUGAAAGCUGUAUCAGACACAUCAAUCUUUACGGCUUGCAGCAGCAAGGGAUCUUCCGUGUGCCGGGAUCACAGGUGGAAGUUAAUGAUAUUAAAAACUCCUUUGAGAGAGGAGAGGAUCCCUUGAUCGAUGACCAGAAUGAGCAUGAUAUCAACUCAGUGGCGGGGGUGCUGAAGCUGUACUUCAGAGGCCUGGAGAACCCCAUUUUCCCAAAGGAGCGCUUCCUGGACUUCAUCUCUACCAUCAAGCUGGAAUCUGGAGCUGAGAGAGCGCAUCACAUCCAGCAGAUUACUGUGACUCUUUCUCGUGUCGUCAUAAUUGUCAUGAGAUACCUUUUUGCUUUUCUCAAUCAUCUCUCCCAAUACAGUGACGAGAACAUGAUGGAUCCAUACAAUUUGGCCAUCUGCUUUGGUCCAACCCUGAUGCCCAUCCCAGAUGGGCAGGAUCCUGUAUCGUGCCAGGCACAUGUUAAUGAGGUCAUCAAGACCAUCAUCAUCCACAAUGAGCUCAUCUUUCCCAACCAACGUGAGCUGGACGGCCCGGUGUAUGAGAAGUGCAUGACUGGGGGGGAGGAGUACUGUGACAGCCCCCACAGUGAACCAGGAACUAUUGACGAGGCUGACAAUGGAACUGAACAACACACCAGUGAUGACGAGGUUGAACAGAUCGAGGCCAUUGCUAAGUUUGACUACGUAGGACGUACUCCCAGAGAGCUGUCAUUCAAAAAAGGAGCCUCUCUGCUACUGUAUCACAGAGCAUCUGAAGACUGGUGGGAAGGACGUCACAACGGUGUGGAUGGCCUCAUCCCACAUCAAUACAUUGUAGUUCAAGACCUGGAUGAUGCUUUCUCAGAUAACCUUAGCCAGAAAGCCGAUAGUGAAGCGAGCAGUGGACCAUUGCUGGAUGAUAAGGGUUCAUCCAAAAAUGAUGUUCCGUCACCAUGUGAACAAUCACCUGAUUCCAACUUUGGAGGAGUCAUGGGGAGGGUAAGGCUAAGGUCCGACGGAGGCACAGUACCACGUCGCCGGAGUGGUACGGACACCCAAAGCCCAACCAGAGGAGCUGAUACUCCACCAAGGGCUGCAGCUUGUCCCAGCAGCCCCCACAAGGUAUCCAUCGGCAAGGGUCAUGUGGAGAGCCCAGAAAAGAGGCGCCUUGGCACCUUUGGCAGCGCAGGAAGUAUCAACUACCCAGACAGGAAGGCCUAUCCUGAAGGCCACCCCCUGAGGCCGCUGCCGGGGGCCACUCGUCACAGCAGUCUCGGGGACCACAAAUCCCUGGAGACGGAAGCUCUAGCUGAGGACAUAGAGAAAACUAUGACGACAGCGCUCCAUGAGCUCUGCGAGCUGGAGCGGCAGAACAUCGUGAAGCAGGCCCCCGACGUGGUCUUGGACACUCUGGAGCCGAUGAAGAACCCAGUUAGCUCUGAGCCUGGCAGUCCUCUGCACACCAUCAUGAUCCGUGACCCGGACGCAGCCAUGCGCCGCAGUAGCAGCUCUACCUCUGAAAUGAUGACAACUUUUAAACCCGCUCUCUCUGCCCGGCUGACUGGGGCUCAGCUACGCCCCCCGCCCAUGAGGCCAGUCCGCGCUCCUUCUACACAACAUCGCUCCAGUAGCUCCAGCUCUUCAGGGGUCGGCAGCCCGGCUGUAACUCCCACUGAAAAGAUGUUUCCUACUAACAGUACGGCUGCUGCUUCUAACAUGAAUGCGUCCAGUGAUGCUGGGGAUAAGUCGGGUACCAUGUAGCAGAGGUAGGAAUGAUGUGAUGCUUCCCAAGAAAGGGGAAAGCUUACUUAGAUAUUAUUGCUAAUAUGUGACAAGCAGAUGAAGAUAUUUCUGUUAUCUGUUUUUUGCAGUGAUCUCGUUCCAGAGAUACAAACAAUGCAAAAGAAGCAAUAGUUGUGUGACAUUUAGUAAUAGUUUACACACAGCACACGUUGUCCAGCAGGUUUUUCAGUCACUCCUACUGGUGUGAAUGAAAUGCCUCAUCUGGGCGAGUGAUAUUUGUGCUUAAUUACCGCUUACUGUAGUCCGCAGGCCUUAAGGCUGUACAUACCAACUUACUUGAAGUUGCCGUUCUUUCUGUUUGUACUAUAAUACAGUGGAUGUUAAGUAACAACUUAGUGACAUUAUACACUUCUGCAUGCAUGGUCCAUGACAUGAGGAAAAAAAUGAAAAAUUUGCAUCAUUCACAGAUGUUGAUGUGGGAUUUACUCAUAUGAUCAUCUGAAGCCUAUGAUAUUAGUGUGAAACCUAACUUUCUUGAAUCGAGUUUCAGAUUUGCAAAUAUGGGGAUCUUAGCCCAAGAUAAAAACAUUCCGGCAUGAAGAUGAUCUCUGGAGUCUGAUAAAUACUAACCAGAACUUAGCAAGGCAAGUUAAAUAUGUUAUGAGUUUGGACUGUUGAAAAACUUAACUAAUGCAUUAAUUAAUGUACUGUAGGAACCCUGUGGUAAACUUGUACAUAAUAUAUAGCUAGUCAUUUUUAAAGUGGUGAUCUUGUACAGGCUGAAACAAAAAAGGCAAAAGGUUGCCUGUAAAUGGCACUUGGAGUAAAGAUAAUUAAGCACCUUCUUAACAUCUUCAGUAAUUAACAGACUUAAUUGGUUAAACUGGAGUUAAAAUAGUUCAUGUAUGCUGUUGUACUGUAGAAAACCUGAUUUCUGUUGAACGGACAACAAAGCCUGAAUGUGUUCUUCUUCAUUAUUUGUUUGACAUACCUGCCCAUUUCUACUCUCAGUUCGCUAAACUGCUGCCACUUCCACUCUAACUGGUUGAUUUGAUCAUUGCAAUAACAUGGAAAAAUAUACUUUGACAGUUCUUGUAUGCUCUGGCUGUAGACUACUUUCCUUUCCUUGGAAGAAAACUAAAUAAACAUUUCCGAACAUUUUUGAUCUACUUUACCUUCUGUCCUUCUGACAGCUCCAGGUCUGAGACCUUGUUAUCUGAGUCCAGAUUACCCUGCUAGACUGUGCAUGUUUUGCAUUAUAUUGUGCGGAAGUUUAACAAUUCCUGUAUUUGGUGCCUUACCUUGAUAAAAGGUAUUGGGAAUGAUGAUUCCAGUUGCUAGUAGUGGCUAAAAAGUGAAAGAAAAUACAGAUUCAAUUAGUGAAAUCCACUUUAAUAUUAGCAUGUGAAUAAGGUUCCAUUGUAACUGCAGUCAGCCAGAACAAGAAGUAUUUAAAGUCAGACUCUGUUGAUUACUGCUGAUAUUGCUUCUUCUUGUGAGACAAACCAGUGUAUACUAUAACCUUCAUGUGGGCAUUAUGAUUUGAAGAUGAUAUUACAAUCACAAAGCUUAUCCAUGAAAUGUGUCUGUCUUGAUGAAAUAUAGAGAUGUUACAAAAAAGCAUAUGUUGAAAUAAAAAGAAAGCACACAAGUUGAAAAGGUGAAGUUAUCAUCAUAAUAUUUAACAGGACUCUUUUUGUUUUUUAUUUAUAGAAUCUGUGUAAGUGGAGCAGAAGAUUUGAGUGCCUUUUGUGCACAACAUCAAUUUUUAUUGGACUUUUAUAUUUACUUUUUUUACUGUAACAUGUUGUCUAUUAGUUGUUUAUUGAAAAACUAAUGUUUUUUUUUUAUCUCUACUUUCUACUGUUACUAUGUUGUCAAACCACCACAAGGAAUACAUUGUGUACCAUACAAUACAGAAAACCCAUCAUGAAAGGCUUGUUUGUGUUUGGAGUGAUCGCUGAAGACUACUGUCUGUCUGGUGAGGUUUAAGUAGAAUCAUUUCAGAAUAUUUCUCUACAUUUUUUGUUUUCCGUGUGAACUGCCUGUGCUGUGGUUGAGCCGUAACUUGUCGUUCCCUCCCUCCCUCCCUCCCUCUGUAAUGGGCGGUCCUCCUGCAGAGUUUAUAAGGCACUCAAUGCGCUAGACUUGUCCCUAAAUGUGAUGAUCCCAGACAUUUCCUGAAAUAUAUUUGCUAAAAUGUGUUACACUGUUAGUCUGCUGAGAUGAGGAGACAAUACAUUAACAAUCAAAAAGGACAUCAACGAAUUAGAGCAGACUGUCGUGUUGUGGGGACUGGAGUAGGAGUUGCUGUUACACUGUUUACACUCUCUUUAAUUGUCUAGUGAUGCUGUUUGUUGAUGAGUGUGUGGUUGGUUGAAACCCUGUGAUGUAAUGUACACCAUACCACUGACUGGUUGAGGAAACCCCUCCAUCCAAAUAAAUCAUUAUUGCUCUGUGA